UAUAAAAAUGAAGGCAUCUGUUUCUCUUUACCUGUUUUUGAGUCUCUGUGGUCUGAGCUCUGCUCUCCUUAGAAAACACUUUUAUGUGAAUGAAAAACUUUUUUGGCAAGAUGCACAGAAGUACUGCAGAGAGCAUCAUGAUGAUCUGUCCACCGCUAGCAGUCAAGAGGCACAGCAGCUCACCAUUAAUCAAAAUGUUAGUGAUAGAUUGUGGGUUGGACUCAACACUCUAAACUCAACAGAAUGGAUUUGGUCCGGAGGUGAAAAAGAAGCAUUUGAUUAUUGGAACGCUGGAGAACCAAACACGAAUUAUGAGCAUUGCACUGCUAUACUGAAAUCAAAUUCGAAACUGUUCAAUACUGUGUGUAAUCGAAAUUUUUCAUUUUAUUGCAUGGAGAGAUUUGAGCUGAUUCUGGUGCAGGACAGUAAGACGUGGGAAGAAGCUCUGGACUACUGCAGACAAAACUACAUUGAUCUCGUCAGUAUCGACUCGUCGAGGAUAAUGGCAGAGGCGAUAAAUAACACCAUGACAUCACAGACAGCUAAUGUAUGGAUUGGACUGCGUUUUUUAGCUGGACAUUGGUUCUGGGUCAAUGGGGGAAAUGUUGAAUAUAAAGCCUGGUCUGGGGGAGAGCUCCAGUGCCCCUCCAAAAAUCUUCAGUGUGCAGCUUUGGAUAAAGAAAACAACGUUUGGAAACCUGAAGGCUGCGAAGAGCGACUCAACUUUUUCUGUCUUAAGAAGUACAAAAAGCCUGAAAUAUUUUGAUCUGUUACACUUACCAUGUUAUAUUUCAAGCUUAACCUGAAACACCACAUGAUUUGAAAGAAGAUAAGUCGUACAUCAAUAUAAAUGUGUAGUGGAUAAUUUUGUAGAUAAUUUAUAAUAGUUUUUACUUUAACUGAUUAUUUGUGAACAAUGUGGCAUAAAAUACUGAUAUACUAAAAUUAUUGUUGGUCUUUCUGAAACAUACACUGUUCAUUUUAUGUUUAUGUACAACAAUACAUUUUCUUUGUGGAUUUUAUGUUUAAUUUAGAAAACACACAGGUAUGUGUUGUUGACGAUGGUAUAAUCAUUUUUGAAUCAUAGUUUUUUAAGUACGUGUUUAAUGGAAAGCCACUUCUUUCAGCUCUUCUUGUCUAAAUGGUCAGAUUUGGCCAUACUGUACUUUAACAAUAGCAGACCUUCGGCUGCCGUAAUAAGUCUGCCUUCACAAUACUAUCAUGUUGUAACUUAGAAAAAUUCUGUUAAAAAAGUCUGUUUUUAUAUUUUUUUACAACAUUUA